ACAAUGGUGUUACGGCCCUGUCACACCGACGGACUCUCUGAUGCCAGAGCGCUCCAUUGCUAGCCACGUUCAUGUGUCGACUUCAUUUCUGGUUUCGGCUCUGCCACCAUUCUUUCCGAGAUCUACCCCGAAUUCCAGGGUGAAUUCCGCUGCCUCUUCCGAGAGUAUCUACUCUGUUCGCAAUCUCUAAAGAUGUUCGAGCUUAAGCUUUAAAAUCGUACAUCUUGGCGUGCUGGCGUAAGCAAUGAUGCGCCGUGGCUGGCAAGUGGCAAUAUCAUCUUUGCGGGAACAUGGCCGGACUUGCUAAAUUUAGCCCCUCAAACGUUUAUGGACAUGAAUAUGUGUCUGUUUUGUGUCCAUAUUUCUUCACGCACGCAGCUAUGUCUCUUAUUUUGUUUUUAUAUAUUGUCUGCUCAUAUGCAUGUGAUUAUAGUCCGCAAUGGGCCAAAUUCUACGUGGCAAUUGAUCGGACAAAUCCAAGCACUUCUUAUGUUGCCUCAUUUUUUGGAUAUAUUGCCUCAUGUAUGUGUUAAGUGUGAGGAGUGCUUGAUAGUCGAAACGAAUAGAAAAGGCUGAGGAGUCCGAUUGGAUCAGCGGUUAUGCCCCGAUCAAUUUGGAAAUCUCAGUCGGCUGGGAAUUAUCGGAGUCUCAUCGAUGUUAUGUUCGUGUGAUCUUACAUGGACAUUCAUGUAAAAUUUUCUUUCAGUUUUCUUCUUCAUUUUUACUAUGUAUUUUUGUUAAGUCUCACUGAGAUCUAGCCCCACCCUCUAUACGUCUAGCAUUUUUGCUAAUAAAAUACUCUGCCUUUUCCCUCGGCGGAAUGUCCGGGCGCGGCGCAUCUACGCAAACUUUGUAGUACUAGUAGUACAAUAAUGGGGCUGCGGCCAUCGCGUCGCGGGAGGAGAUCGAGAUGAGGGAUCCGGAAGCGCCCUCGCUGGUGAGGCUGCCGGAGCACGUGGUGCUGGAGAUCCUCGCGCGCGUGCCCGGCGUCGCCGACCUCUUCCGCUGCGCGGCCGCGCGCAAGCGCUGGCGCGACCUCGUCACCGAGCCGUCCUUCUUGCGACGCCGCUGGCCGGAGGGCGCGUGCCACUGCUCCUCCCUCGUCGGCUUCCUCGGCCGGGAGCGGCGCCGCGGCGGGGAAGGGCCGCCGGGCUCCAGCUUCGUCCGCGCGCCGGGGUCGGUGCUCGGCCCCGGCCGCCCCCUGCUCGGCUCCUUCGUCCCGGGCGCCGCCGGCCUCCUCGACGACCGCGUCGUGCCGCUCGCCUCGCACCGCGGCGUGCUCCUCGUGUGCUUCGGCGCCGAGGCGGAGGCGGAGGCGGAGCCGGAGCCCGGCGUCGACCGCCUCGCCGUGUGCAACCUGCUCUCGGGCGCGUGCCACGUGCUCCCCCCGCUGCGCUGCGACUGGUUCUUCGACUACUUUGGCACUAGCGCCCACGCCGUCCUCACCGGCGCGGACUGUUGCCCCGACGACGGCCAGCGGCAAUCGCCGGACCCGGCCUCCUUCAAGGUGCUGGUCGUCGGCGUCAGCGACGACCGGCGGCACUACGUUCUCCGCACGUUCUCCUCCGGUGACCCGAGCUGGAGCGCGCCCAGCGAGUGCUUCGACCCGGUAGAGCGCGGCAUCUUCGGGCCGUUCAAGCGGCGCAGCGCCGUCGUGAGCCACGGGACGGCGCACUGGGUCCUCUGGGACCUGGUGAAGUUCCACGUCCUCGACGUGAACGCCGCCACUCGCCACGCCUCCUUGCAGGAGCUACAGACCCCGCCGCCGGCGGGCGACCUCCCCCUGUACGAUUCGCCGCAUCUGAGCGUCGGACCAAACAAGGCGGCGACGCUGUCGUCGCUUUGUCCGUCGAGCCAAGAUCCCCAGGUGGAGAUCUGGACGCGGCGGGACGGCGGCAAAGCGAGCGACGAGGAUUGCGGCGGUGACUGGCGCCGCGAUAGGGUGAUCGAGAUGACACCCGAGCAGAACCAGAUCGUCGACAGGCCACGGUGCAUGUGCGCCGGAGACAGGAGCGGCACGCUGUUGAUCACUGACCGUUGCCGGUGCAUGUACAUUUUACAUCUGGAGAAUGGCGCCAUGGAGGAGGUGACGGACCACCUCCGUGGCCUCCGCGACUACAAGACCGCCAUGGCCGUCGAGAUAGAUUGGCCGGCCUUCUUCGUCUGUCGGCUUCUUGGUGGAAAGGCACAUGUUUAAUUUGGAGCGAACAUUUCUAUCUCAUCGGCGUAAACUGGCCGACCUGUGUAUUAAGUCGUGUUAAUUAUGUUCAAGAUCGCAACUACCUUUGUGCGACCGGAACAAAAACCUCAACAUCUAUUUCUGUACUCCCUCCCGGAACGUUUUUUUUCGUUUUAAAAGAAGACCCGUUGCCGUUUCGGUUAAUCAAUCCACAGUUUCUAUAAAACAAGAUUAUCCAUAUCUUUUA